GGCACAGUCGUUUCUUGGACGAGCAACCGUUUGCAUCGCGCGCACAUUCAAAAACAAAAAAGGGAAAUAAAAAAAAAAAAGAGCAGCAAUAGCUAAAGGAUUCAGCGGGAAAUAAAAACAUUUGGGAAAUCUAAAACCCAAAAAACUGUUUACAGGACAAAACCGGGCGCCACUCAGACGCAUUCCAGGCAACUAACCAAAUAAGCAACAUGUCAGUGCUGGUGAAAUUGAUCAUUGCUGGUGUUUUCCUUCUGGCCAAUGCCUUUCACAUUCAAGGCGUUGAGCAAUCGCGUCAUUUACAGUGCUGGCACUGCAGCUCCGAUACUGUAGGUGCCGAGGACUUUUGUGAUGUUACCUUCCAGGAGGAUAGUAUACCGCAGGACUUUAUACGUGAACGUAAUAUCAAUUUAUUGCGUAGCUGCAAUAGCACCAUUAAUUCGGAUCACGAGAAGGCUGUCUGCCGCAAAACCGUCGAGGAAGGUGCCAAUGGCAAAUAUGUAACCAAACGUUUUUGCUAUUAUACCAACAAAUCGGAUCCUUUGGAAUUGUGUAAUGUCACCAGCCCCGAGAAGAAUGUACGACGAAUAUUCUGUGAGGAUUGCACAACUGAUCGUUGCAAUUCGGCCGAACAUUUAAUGGGAAUCAUGAUAGUUACCAUUUUAAUGCCUUUAUUGGCCUUCGUAUAAGAAGAAACAUAAAUUACAAACCAAAAGUCACAUAGAGAACUGCUUAGUAUACUUUUAUUACAAAAAGAAAAAAACAACAAUUUGUUUUUGAGUUGAGAACGUGAUAUUUUGCUGAUUAUUGAUUACCUAUUUAGUUUUAGUUUUAAAGUUUAGUUCUUAAAAUUAAGUUAAUUUGUAUGCUUGUGCCGCAUUUAGCCAUGCUCAAAGCUCUCACAACACUAUAUAGUUUUCUCAAUUUAUUUUAAGAUAAAAACCAAAGAACAACAACCAACAAGCAAAUUCAAAGUAUUGUUAAAAUAUCGAAACAUAACUACUAUUUGAAAAUUUGUAAAGUAUAUUCUCAAAUUCACAUGAAAACAGAAAAUAACCAUAAUUACUCUACAAAGAGCACUCCACAAAAUAAAGUUUUGAUGUCAUAGAUAAUGCAAGAGUUCAAUAACAGCAUCUA